AGGGCGCAGCCGCAGUAGCAUCCCUGAUCUCGACUUCCGCCCGUGUCUUUAAACUUCCCCCGGAGCUCCGUCCGUCCUCUUCUACCAGGCCGAUCCAACAUGGGACGCGUCAGGACCAAGACGGUGAAAAAGGCCGCCAGGGUCAUCAUCGAGAAAUACUACACCCGGCUGGGCAGCGACUUCCACACCAACAAGAGGGUGUGCGAGGAGAUCGCCAUCAUCCCCAGCAAGAAGCUCCGCAACAAGAUCGCCGGGUAUGUGACACAUCUGAUGAAGAGGAUCCAGAGGGGUCCCGUCAGAGGAAUCUCCAUCAAACUGCAGGAGGAGGAGAGAGAGAGGAGGGAUAACUACGUUCCAGAGGUUUCCGCUCUGGACCAGGAGCUGAUUGAAGUUGAUCCCGACACCAAGGAGAUGCUGAAGUUGCUGGACUUCGGCAGUCUGUCCAACCUGCAGGUGACCCAGCCCACCGUCGGCAUGAACUUCAAGCAGCCCCGAGGAGUCUAAAUGUCUGUAAACUGUCUUCUAAUAAAAACCCUGUGGGACAAAAAAAACC